AUGCGCAGCACUCGGGAUGCUGCGCUCCAUCCCGGAGGAGCGAGCUCCUCCAGGUGGAUCCCGACGAGGCUCCGGUCGUUCCGCCUUCUCCUCUGGGUGAUGCUGCUCGCCCGGGGCCGGCCAGCAGCUGCUCACCCGCAGUGCCUGGACUUCGAGCCGCCCUUCCAGCCCCCCUGGCACCUGGAGUUCUGCAAGCAGUACGAGGAGUUCGGAUGCUGCGACCAGCAGACGGACAACGCGAUCGCGGAGCGGUACUGGGACACGGUGGAGCAGCUGGAGGUGGAGGGGCAGGAGAUCUGCGCAGACAUGCUGAAGGAGGUCAUGUGUCAGGAGUGCUCUCCUUACGCCGCCCACCUCUAUGAUGCCGAGGACCCGUACACCCCCGUCAGAGAGCUGCCCGGCCUCUGCUUUGACUUCUGCACUGAGUUUCACAGCAAAUGUGGCCACGUGGUUAAAUAUCUAAGUGAGAACAAGCGGCUGCAGGACACUGCUGAGCGGGACACGUCCACGUUCUGCACCCUGAUGGACCUGUCGGACCAGGACUACUGCUAUCCCAAUGUUUUGAAGACCCAGGACCUCAACGGCAACCUGGGGCAGGUGGUGGAAGACCGCAAAGGGUGUCUCCAGCUGUGCCUGACCGAGGUGGCCAAUGGGCUCAGGAACCCCGUCCUGAUGCUGCACAGCGGCGAUGAGACCCACCGGAUGUUCAUCGCCGAGCAGCUGGGCUUCGUGUGGGUCUACCUGCACGACGGCAGCCGGGUGGAGCAGCCUUUCCUGGACAUGAGCGGCGAGGUGGUGACCACGCCUUGGCUGGGGGACGAGAGGGGUUUCCUGGGCAUGGCGUUCCACCCCGAGUACCGGGUCAACGGGCGCUUCUUCAUCUACUACUCGAUCGAGGUCAACAACAAGGUGGAGAAAGUCCGGAUCAGUGAGAUGAAGGUUUCCGAUCACGACAUGAACAUGGCCGACCCUUAUUCAGAGAGGGUGAUUUUAGAGAUCGAGGAACCAGCGGCAAACCACAACGGAGGCCAGCUGCUGUUUGGCUUGGAUGGAUUUUUGUACAUCUUCACCGGCGAUGGUGGAAAAGCUGGGGAUCCGUUUGGGAAAUACGGCAACGCUCAAAACAAGAGUGCUCUGCUGGGUAAAGCUCUGCGGAUUGAUGUGGACGUCAGUAACUCCAGUGCGAGGCCGUACAGGAUCCCAGCUGAUAACCCGUUCAUCCAUGACCCCGGCGCCCGGCCUGAGGUGUACGCGUACGGGAUCAGAAACAUGUGGCGUUGCUCCGUGGACCGCGGAGACCCCGUGAGCCGCUACGGCCGGAGCAGGAUCUUCUGCGGAGACGUCGGUCAAAACCGCUACGAGGAGAUCGACAUCAUCGUGAGAGGAGGGAACUACGGAUGGAGGGCGAAGGAGGGAUUCGAGUGCUUCGAUCUGAAACUGUGCCACGACUCGUCGCUGAAGGACGUCCUGCCGAUAUUUGCAUACAGCCACCAUGUUGGGAAGUCUGUGACGGGGGGGUAUGUGUACAGAGGAUGUGAAUCACCCAAUCUGAACGGCCUCUACCUCUUUGGAGACUUCAUGAAUGGGAGGAUAAUGGCGUUAGAGGAGGAUCGGACGACGGGAGUCUGGAAGGAAAGGAGUGUGUGUAUGGGUGAUAAGAAGACGUGCUCCUUUCCCGGACUCAUCAAUCAUCACCACAAGUUCAUCAUCUCGUUCGCUGAAGACGAAGCAGGUGAGCUUUAUUUUCUGGCCACUUCGCACCCCAGCACCACGUCUCCCUCUGGAACCGUUUUCAAAUUCAUGGAUCCCUCCAGGCGAGCUCCUCCAGAGAAGUGUAAGCGGAAGCCGCUGCCGGUGAAAGUGAAGGGGAAAAAGCUUCCAUUCGUGCCCAGGGAAUUGACGGUGCUGGAAACGAACGAAAAACCUACGAGACCACCGCCGAAAAAGAUGAAACUCAUCACCAAACCUCCACCGACGAGCCGCCGAGUCAAAUCUACGACGUCUGCCACGGAGGUCACGACAUCUGCAACCGAGGGGACGACCUCUGCAACGGACACUGUGGCGCUAAAGUGGAAAUCACCUGAAAAGAAAGCAAAGGAAAAAAAUACCUUGAAGCCAUGGAGGAAAAGCAAAAUCACGAACAAUCGGGAAUCCACAGCACAAAAGAAGAAGAUCGCUCAGCGGCAGAAAUCCAGGGAACAGUCAAAGAAGACCACGGUGGUAAAACCUGUCGGUGAGAAAGAUAAAGUGAAACCAAAGGCCAAGCAAACUGCCACAGACAAUUCAAAAACCAACAGUCUGAAGGCCUCCAAGAGGCUCAAAGUGAGCACCAUCCAAUCAAAGAAGAAGAUCAUGAACAAAACAAACUCUAAUGUCAAAGGCAACAGAACAAUGAGAAACCCACUGCAGGUUAAAAGAUUCCACCUGGACCUUCUGAGACCCCGGGUUGGACCCAGAACUCUGCUGGAGGGACCAGGUAUCGUCUGGCCUGGGAACGCCUCGGAUCCCCCAGGUGGAAUCUGGAGACGACUCUUUGAAGUGUAA